GGAGAGAGGGACCCACGUAUGAGAAACAAAGUGGUGUAUCUGCUGGCAUGACAGACUGGUUUUUGCCAUCAUACAACCACCGUUGCCAAUCACUCUCUCUUUUAGAUUCACAAUACUCCUUUCAACUUCCAACUUCUUCUCUCUUUUUGUUCAUACUUUCUACCACUCUUCGCUGUACCAUCCAACCAUGGCCGAGGAACCCCAAAAGCCAGCUCCUGCUGAAGAGGUGGUGCCCGUUGUCCACACUGACAAGGACCCUGUUGCUCAAGCUCCAGCCGAUGAAGCCGAGAAGCCGGUAGCCGCCGAUGAAGCCGAGAAGCCAGCAGGAACUACUACUGAAGAAGUUGUGGUGGAAGAGGCGAAGGCCCAGCAGGCGGGUGUUGAAGAGAAGAUUUCGCAAUCAGUUUCGUUCAAGGAGGAGAGCAACGUGGUUGGCGACCUCCCCGAAGCGCAAAAGAAAGCCCUCGAUGAACUCAAGAAGCUCAUUCAAGAAGCGCUUAACAAGCACGAGCUUAGUGCUCCCCCACCUCCCAAGGCCCCCGCUGCAGAAGCUGAGAAGAAGGAAGAUGUGGCGGCAGCAGAAGAUGCUGAGAAGAAGGAACAAGAAGUGGCAGCCGAAGAAGUGGAGAAGAAGGAAGAGGCGGUGGCCACAGAAGAAGUAGAGAAGAAGGAAUUAGAAGUGACGGAAAAAGAAGAAGAGAAGAAGGAAUCAGAAGUGGUGGCGGUACAAGAAACGGAGAAGAAAGAAUUAGAGGUGGGAGGUGGAGAAGAAGCGGAGAAGACGGAAUUAGAGGUAGUGGCAGAAGAAGUAAAAGAAGUGGAAAAGAAGGAAGUAGAAGCGGGAGGAACAGAAACAGAAGAAAAAGAAGGGGAGAAGAAAGAAUCAGAGGUUGUGGGAGAAGAAGAAAAAGAAAAAGAAGUAGAGAAGAAGGAAGUGAGCCCUGAGGAAGUUGAGAUAUGGGGAAUUCCCCUGCUGGCGGACGAGAGGAGCGACGUGAUUCUGCUGAAAUUCUUGAGAGCGAGGGAUUUCAAGGUGAAGGAUGCGUUCACAAUGAUAAAGAACACGGUGCGUUGGAGAAAGGAAUUCGGAAUCGACGCUCUGGUGGAGGAGGACCUGGGAAGCAAUUGGGACAAGGUGGUUUACUCUCACGGAUACGACAAGGAAGGGCACCCUGUUUGCUACAACGUGUUUGGGGAGUUUGGGAAGAAGGAACUGUAUCAGAAGACGUUUUCGGACGAGGAGAAGCGGGAAAAGUUCAUCCGUUGGAGGAUUCAGUUUUUGGAAAAGAGUGUGAGAAAACUGGAUUUCUCACCCUCUGCUAUAUCCACAAUUGUGCAGGUUAACGAUCUUAAAAACUCUCCUGGACUGGCUAAGUGGGAACACAGGCAGGUCACCAAUCAUGCCCUUCAAUUGCUUCAGGAUAACUACCCUGAGUUUGUGGCUAAACAGAUAUUUAUCAACGUCCCCUGGUGGUACCUUGCCUUUGCUAGGAUGAUCAAUGCUUUCCUCACCCAGCGGACCAAGAGCAAAUUUGUUUUUGCUGGCCCAUCCAAAUCUGCCGAAACCCUUUUCAAAUAUAUUGCUCCCGAGCUAGUGCCUGUUCAAUACGGUGGACUCAGCAGAGAGGGGGAACAGGAAUUCACCACCGCUGACCCCGUCACGGAGGUUACUGUUAAACCCGCAACUAAGCACACCGUUGAGUUCCCCGUUUCUGAGAAAAGCCAUCUGCUCUGGGAAAUCCGAGUUGUGGGUUGGGAUGUGAACUAUGGAGCUGAAUUUGUACCCGCCGCUGAGGAUGGAUACACCGUCAUAGUACAGAAGAGCAGGAAAAUUGCUCCCGCUGACGAGACAGUGAUUUCCAACAGCUUCAAAGUUGGUGAAACUGGCAAGGUUGUACUCACCGUAGAUAACCAAACAUCCAAGAAGAAGAAACUCCUCUACAGGUCCAAGACCAAACCCGUCUCUGAGUAAGCCUUCGGGUUCAAGCAAGAAAAGAAUCUCUAAAUUCCCACUCAUAAGAGAAUAAGGGUGUUAUUUGUAUUCAUUGUUAUUAUCACAAAUUCGGGGGUGGGGGACUUAUUCUUUUUUCUUCAUUUGCUUUAUAAAUUAUUUUGUUUCAAGUCUCGGGUUGGGCAAUUUCAUUUGCAGUUAGUUUCUUUUAGUAUUUUGUUCACUUGGUUUUCGAAUUGGAUGGAUAAAACCCUUUGCGGAUUGGAAAUCUCUGAAAUGCAUCGACUGAGCAGUGAAGAUGAAGGCUUGCUGGAGAGGGAACCCAGUCGGGAUUCCUUUGUAAAUGAAAAUUUGAUGUCUCCGUGGACUGUGCGAGUGAAACUGUUUGCAUUGUGAUACUCUUAAUUGCUGUAAAGUUUGUUUAAAUGUGAUGAUGUAUUACUUAUUCCCGUAAAUAAUAAAAAAUUAGUUCAUUGUUUC